UAGUAGUUAUUCUCAUUCAGAUACGUAACCAAAAUAAUUUUGAGCAUCGAAAUUUGAGCUCAGUUCUUGAUAUAUUUUUUGCUACUCACCAUGAAUCCCGACAAAGCAGAGAGCGACUUUGCAAACAAGGUGCGCUUUCACCUGAGCAAGGACGAGUUGGAGCGGCAGAUGCGGAGAAUUCACGACCGUGAUGAUUCCGUGGACGGCAAGAACCGUUCAGCUGGAAGCGGAAGCAGUGGACAUAGUCGCAUCACGAACUCGUCCACUGGUUUGCCACGGCAGGAGUCGUGGAUCUUCGAGAGCGUUGGAGGUUACUUUCUUGCCAACGAAGAUUUGGCCAGGAUGAGUGUGCCGCGUCAGGAGCAGUUGCUGAUGAGGGAUCUAAUCUACUCUUUCUCUGGGGUUCCAUCUGCGUAUGUAAAGCCUGAUAUUCAGAUCGAUCAGAUUUCCGAAAUGUCUUCAGUGGAUAUAGCCAAGGUUCGCUUUCGAUUGGAUGAGGCCUUCAAUGGGGCCUUCCGAGCUUUGGCUAAUGAAGUACUGCCCAUGAUAGGUUAUUAUAUUAGUGUCCAGAGCUAUAUAGAGGAGACCAAUAUGACGCCAAAUUGUGGCAGAACGCGUCUGGCCUUGGCAUCUGCCUUAGGUAACCAACUGCAGGAAUACUAUGAUCUACAGGCCAAGUUGGAAACAGAUUUGCAGGAAAAGAAGUUGAAUCUCAAGGAACUGGUGCGACAGGUGCGUCCUUGGUUGCCGAUUCUAAAGUCUUUCUCCAGCAUGGCCUGCAGUGCCCGGGGCAAUCUGACCAGUGCCCAGGUACUAACAUUGCUGGAUCAGACCUAUCGGGAUCAGAAAGACACUGAUGUAGACCUAAAGGAACGGGUGGCCAUAGUUUUGGCUUCUGUUAGUCGCACUUACAUGAAGAUAGUUCAGUUGUGGAUGCAAAAAGGUGUUCUCUUCGACACGCAGCAUGAGUUCUUUGUGGAGGACACGGAGCCCUCGACUUCAAUGAGCAGUACUCUAUUGGCGCCGGAGAAGUGUUGCCACGCCUACUGGGCGGAGCGGUACCGCCUUAUGCCGGACCGUUUGCCGGGUUUCUUGCUUUCCCUGGCGAAUGAUGUUUUUCUGGCUGGAAAGUACCUGAAUAUUCUGCGACAGUGUAAUGUUUCAAUGACGCUGCUGCAGCUGCCACUUGCUUACAAUCCAAGCGAUUUGGAGCAUGAGGAGAUCAUCAAGAAUAGCUAUGAGUUGCCAGCGCAGAAGCUUCUUAAAGUUUUGGCAGAGGAACACAAUUUGCUUUUACACAUUCGCAAUUUGAAGUCCUAUUUCCUGCUGCAGGAGGAGGGCUUCUCCGAGACUUUGCUGUACAAAUGCCAGGAGUACCUCAAGUACAAUGUGGACAGGUUGAUACCCGAAAAACUACAGACCCUGCUAACAGAGACCCUGCAAAAGUCCAAUGAUUUCUUUAAGGAUAUGCUGCGAUGUCAGCUUAAGGAUUGCGAUGUAGCCACACAAUUGGAGAGACAUCAUAAGGCCCAAAGAGCUGAAGAAGAACAGGAAAAAGAGAGCUCCAGCGAGGAGGAUCCUCCAGAGGUCCUGAAUCUCUACGGCUACGAGGCAUUAGCUUUUCGCUAUGAAGCCAAAUGGCCGCUAAGCUUUGUUCUAUACCCUGAGCUCCUAGAUCAAUUGCAAAUGCUGCAGCGUGUCCUGCUCUUCCUGCACUAUGUGAAACACCAUUUGACGGUCCUGUGGCGAUCUCCAUCUGAGGGUACGGGUCUCAAGCUCACCAAUCAAUCUGCAGAACUUCGCCAUCGUAUGCUGUUGUGUAUGCUAAGUUUGGAGCACCACAUCACCCAAGACAUCGCCGAGCCCCGAUGGCAAUCGUUGACCCUAACGGUGGACAAGGCCAAAAGUAUUGACGAGGUUGUUAACAAAUUGGAGACCACCGUAGAAGAAUGCCUGCGACUUGGGCUUCUACCCUCGGCUAACACCUUUGUGAAAUCCCUAUAUACACUCGGCCAUGUGUGUCUCAACUUUUGUGACUUUGUGGAGUCAUCCAUGGGAGAGAAGAGUACCAAAGAACUCGAGCAGGAAAUGUGCGAGUACGAAAAGGAAUUUAACAGCUUUUUGGCCAGCAUUUUGGAGUUGGUUAGCCAGUUGGCCAAGACCAAAGACUUUGGGGAACGGGAUUCCUGCAAGCGAUUGCUCAAACGACUUGAGGAGUUCGUCAAGUUCUCCGAAGCGGACAAAGAUCACUCUUCCAAUACUUAAUGAGGAGCUCCAAAAUGUGUCCAAUAUCUUCACCAAAUCACCCGUGCUCCCAAAUCUCCAUGCCAUUGAACACUAAUUGAUAUUAUUUAGUCCUGUAUUAUAUUAUUAAAUUAAUCCUUUAAUUGCCCAAAGUGUGAUAUACCAUUAA